UGAUGGUUCUUGUGGCAUUCAAAGAUAUGAAUAAACGAACCUAUUCUGCUAUUCCUUUGUUUUACCUCUUGUUUCUGGGUCAUUGUGUGUAUUGUCAACUUGAUUAUAAGUUCUAUGAUCUCACUUGUCCUAACCUGGUGAACAUUGUCAGAUAUGGUGUCUGGUCAGCUAUUGCCAAUGAAACUAGAAUUGCUGCCUCUCUUUUGCGGCUGCACUUCCAUGACUGUAUUGUUGAUAGAUGUGAUGGAUCUUUGUUACUCGACGAUAAUAGCACGUUCAGAGGAGAGAAGAACGCGCUCCCUAAUCGAAAUUCAGCCAGAGGUUUUGAGGUCAUUGACAUGAUAAAGGCUAAUGUGGAGAAAGCUUGCCCAUCCACAGUUUCUUGUACAGACAUAUUGAGUCUUGCAGUAAGAGAGGCAGUCUAUCGUACUGGAGGGCCUUAUUGGCCUUUAAGCUUAGGUCGCCGAGACGGCCUGACCGCAAGUGAGAGCGCUGCUAACGCACAAAUCCCAUCACCUUUUGAGCCUUUAGAAAACAUCACUGCGAAAUUUGCUUCCAAGGGUCUCGAUUUGAAAGAUGUAGUUGUGCUCUCAGGCGCACACACCAUUGGCUUUGCUCAAUGCUUCACAUUCAAGCAAAGGCUGUUCAACUUCGAUGGAUCGGGUAAUCCCGAUCCAAACCUCGAUGCAUCAAUGCUAAGCGAUUUGAGGGGUGUCUGCCCUAACCAAGAUGACUCUGAUACCAAUUUGGCUCCUCUGGACGCGGUUACUAGUAACAAGUUCGACAACAUCUACUUCAGUAACCUCGUAAACAAUUCGGGACUUCUCCAGUCAGACCAAGCUCUCAUAGGGGACAACAGCAGUGCUGCGAUGGUCAUCACCUACAGCAGAUUCCCCUUCCUUUUUCAGAAGGAUUUUGGAUUUUCAAUGAUGAAGCUGAGCAAUGUAGGAGUCCUUACUGGUCAAGAUGGGCAGAUAAGGAAGAACUGUAGGGUGGUGAACUAAUCAAUCAUCCAUAUUUUAU